AUGUCAUGGGAGACUGGAUUGAAUUACCCGACGGUUGUAUAUCUGCUGGAUGAUACUCUGGGAGAUAUGAGGAGCUUGGUGGUAGAGUGCGCGGCACACGCCACACCGCGAGCAUUCAGCCGGCCGCAGUCGGGUGCUAGGCUACUGACAUUUAUUGAAGAGCCGGACUGGAACUCGGAGAGAAGAUACGACGAAGACCCUCCUCUCUAUAUCUGCUACUCCAUUGAGUGGAAGGUGACAGCGAGACUGGGAACACUGAACCAUAGGAAGGUUUCGAACGAUAUGGAGCUGAACGUAGUGCUGGCGCCAGGCCGGCACUGGGAACGCUGCUUACAAGCGCGUCUCGCAGAUCUGGGCGGACAAAAGUUUGCGGAAAACCCUAACACGCGCCCUGACGACCCUGAGGUUGUCGUGUCGAUGACAGGACGAACACAGCAAAAGCUCACUAAACGCUUCCCCGGAAUCGACAUUGACUGGUUAAUCGUGCAAACACAGCCCGAGGCCUGGAGCCCAUAUUUACACAGCGGUAAGAAGCUGCGCGUAGGUGUCCUAGCAGCUGACGUGGGCGGAAAGAGAGGAGAUAAGCGAGGACGAGUGUCGACCACUCAGCGAAUGCGUAGCGAAAUGGAUUUGCGGCUUGAUGCAGAACAGGCGACUUCUGGGCAACCGUCGAUUGACAGAAAGUGUACGGGCUCUUCCGCUGCCCUGGCUCGCCGUGCCCGUUAG